AGAAGGCCAAUAGCAAUCCAGCCACCUGAGUAGGCCCAAAGCUGGCAUCUGCCCAUGUGUCCCUUCCGGAUAGACUAUUCACCACCAUGAAGGAUCUUCUUCAGUAUGUCGCCUGUUUCUUUGCCUUUUUCUCCACUGGAUUUUUGAUUGUGGCCACCUGGACAGACUGUUGGAUGGUGAAUGCUGAUGACUCUCUGGAGUCUGACUGCUGUAACCAUGUGCCCUAUCAUCCAGUGAAGCUGGUGGUCACUCGAGCAUUGAUGAUUACUGCAGACAUCCUAGCUGGAUUUGGAUUUGUCACCCUGCUCCUUGGUCUUGACUGUGUGAAAUUCCUCCCUGAUGAGCCAUAUGUUAAAAUUCGCAUCUGCUUUGUUGCUGGAACAACAUUACUAAUAGCAGGUGCUCCAGGAAUCAUUGGCUCUGUGUGGUAUGCUGUUGAUGUUUAUGUGGAACGUUCUUCUCUGAUUUUGCACAAUAUAUUCCUUGGUAUCCAAUAUAAAUUUGGUUGGUCCUGUUGGCUUGGAAUGGCUGGGUCUCUGGGCUGCUUUUUAGCUGGAGCUGUACUCACCUGCUGCCUAUACCUCUUUAAAGAUGUUGGGCCUGAGAGAAACUAUCCUUAUUCCAUGAGGAAACCCUAUUCAACGACAGGUGUUUCCUUGGCCAAGUCUUAUGGGGCCCCUCGGACAGAGACUGCCAAAAUGUAUGCUGUGGACACAAGAGUGUAAAGUGUCACAUUAUCAGUCUGUUUGUGUUAUUUAAUUAAUUAAUCAAUACAUUCAAAUUAAUAAAAUAGAGGCUCAAUCCUGGGACAGUUAUUUACACUUCAUAUUCAACUAAAUUAAUGGCUAGCUUAAUC